UUUUUUUUUUUGUACAAAAAAGCCAGAAAACUAAUCACCCUUAUAUCUUUUUAAACUUAAUAAACUAUUAAACCACAGAUUAAUGUACAUUGUGGUGAACUAGAAAAUUAAUAGCAUAUGGAGUUCUUUCCUUUUCUUGUCACCUUAUUAGUUGUUUUGAGACUUUUCUCUCUGUCUGCAACUUCUUUUGCUGUGCUUCAUAAUGAUAUCAUUAGACCUUCAGAUGUUCUCAGAGAUAAUCACAAUGACUACACAGACACAGCUAAUUUAUUGGUAUCCAAAGAAGGAAGGUUUGUUCUGAAAUUCUUUAGUCCAUAUGAUUUAUUAAACCAUCGUUAUCUGGGAAUAUGGUAUAACCACACUACAUAUAUUCGACCUGUUUGGGUUGCAAACCGAUGUAAACCAAUGGAAGAUUCAUCUGGCUUGUUGAGUAUAGACAACAAAGGAAAUCUUGUGCUUUUUUCAGAAGAAAAUAAUAGUAAGAGAGAAAUUGUUUGGUCUACAAACUCGUCUAAACAAGCCGCGAAACCAUUGGUUCAGCUUUUGGAUAAUGGUAACUUGGUUUUGAGAGACGAGAAAGAUGCAAACACAACAAACUAUUUAUGGGAAAGCUUUGAUUAUCCAACUGAUACAUUGUUGCCAGGAAUGAAAUUAGGAUGGGACUUGAAGAGAGGUCUCAAUAGGCGUUUAUCAUCAUGGAAGAGCUUUUAUAGUGAUCCAUGUGAUGGAGAUUUCACUUAUGGGAUUGAGCUUGAUGAGAAACGCCAUACAUAUCCUCAACUAACUGUCCGUAAUGGAUCUGCAAUAUUGUAUCGUCAAGGGUUGUGGGAUGGUAUGAGUUCCAGCGAUGCUGUGGAUGAUUCUAUUUUCAAUUCUGUGUACAACGAUGAUGAAGUUUACUACACUUACAGCCUCCAAAAUAAGUCCAUGAUGCCACAAAUUGUCCUGAAUUAUGACGGAACUAUUGAACCUAGCUGGGACUUUGGGACUUUUUAUGGGGCAAUCCCAAGAGACAAAUGUGACUAUUAUGGCUUCUGCGGAGCUAAUUCACAAUGUAAUGUUGUAAGUGUAACAGAGGAGCCAAUAUGCCAAUGCUUAGAAGGCUUCAAGCCAAAGAAUCAAGACAAUUGGAACUCAAGGUCUUGGUCAGAAGGGUGUGAGCCAUACAGUCCUCCAAGUUGCCAUGAUGAAGUUGAAGAGGAGGAAGGAUUUGAAUUUGAUCAAUAUUCAGGCUUUAGAGCACCGGAUACUAAUUAUAGUUGGGUGACUAAGACUAAGGAUGAAAGCGAAUGCAGGAGUAAAUGCUUGAGCAAUUGCUCUUGUAUGGCUUAUAGCUAUCCAUUCUCAGAGUCAAUUUACUCAAAUGAAGAUUGUAUCCACUGGUUUGGAGAUCUGUUUGAUAUUAGACAACUGUCUUCUAGUCGUUUCGAACCACAUACUUAUAUUCGAAUAUCAAAUUCAAAAAUAGCUCCAAAAAUUCAUAAUGAAACCAGAGCUGAUGGUAGUCGUGGGAAGGUGAAAGUGAAGAGAGUAGUCAUAAUAAUAGCUAUAGUAGUCGGAUUAGGUGGUGUGUUUAUUUUGAUUGCCUUUUACAUUCGAAGGAGGAGACGCAUUUUCAAGAGAAAGGAAAGCCAAUAUGAUGAUUUUGAGCUUCCAUUUUUGGACCUGCAUACAAUUAGUCUUGCCACUAAAAAUUUUGCAGAGGCAAAUAAGCUUGGAGAGGGUGGUUUUGGACCUGUAUACAAAGGUACUAUGGAAGGAGGUCAAGAGAUUGCUGUGAAAAGGCUAUCAAUGUGUUCUGGACAAGGAGUCAAUGAGUUCAAAAAUGAAAUAAACCUAAUUGCUAAGAUUCAACACCGGAAUCUUGUAAAGAUAUUUGGUUAUUGCAUUCAUAGAGAAAUGAAACUACUGAUUUAUGAGUACAUGUCCAACAAAAGUCUUGACUAUUUCAUUUUUGGCAAGUCUCUUUUCAACUCUUUUAAUACAUGUGAUGUUCUAUAUAUAUAUAUAUAUAUAUAUAUAUAUGAAAGACAAAGCGUACUAUUAGAAUGGCCUAAGCGUUACAAAAUUGUAUCUGGGAUUGCCAAAGGGCUUCUCUAUCUUCACCAUGAUUCUAGAUUGAGAAUUAUACAUAGGGAUCUCAAAGCUAGUAAUGUGUUACUUGAUGAAGAAAUGAAUCCCAAAAUUUCAGACUUCGGCUUGGCUAGAACUUUUGGUGGAGACCAACUUGAAGGAAACACGAACAAAGUUGUAGGAACUUAUGGUUACAUGGCACCCGAAUAUGCUUCCAAUGGCCUAUUCUCAAUAAAAUCUGAUGUGUUUAGUUUUGGCACAUUGGUGCUAGAAAUAGUAAGUGGAAAGAAAAGUAGAGGUCUUUACGAUGAAGAUAAAAUUCUAAACCUCACUGGAUUAGCGUGGACUUUGAUGAAAGAAGGUCAUGCAUUUAAGCUAAUUGAAAAGUGCUUGUUAAGUGAUCCAUACAUCAACAUGGAAGAAGCAUUGCGUUGCAUUCACAUUGGUCUCUUAUGUGUGCAACAAAAUCCUAAUGAUAGGCCUAAUAUGUCUUCUAUCAUUCUAAUGUUGAGUGGUGAGAAAAUGUUGCCUCAGCCCAAACCACCAGCCUAUUUUACUAACACAGAUAUGUGGGAAGAAGCUCAUUCCUCCGUUCUUAAGCCCCCAUCGUGCAAUACAAGCAUAACUGCUGUCGAUGGGCGAUGACAAUUCACACAACAGAUCGGUGGAAUUUCCCACAUGAAUAUUGAGAAUUUACACCAUGACAAUUUCAUUUUGUUUGGUUUAAAAUUGCAUUGAUGAUUUUAUAAUUAUUAAUAUACAUGUCAGAAAUUUAUAAUUAUUAGUAUACAUGUUGGAAAUUUAUAAUUAUUAGUAUACAGUAAGAGUUGGAAUCCAGAAUAUGGUGGCUCUUUUUCUUGUAAGUCCGCUUUCCUUUGCUUCACUUCAAAUAAUAGCUCAAGGAACCCAGAGUGGGCUAAAACCCCGUGGAAAUGUUGCAUACCAGCAAAAUUUGAAGUUUUUGGAUGGUUAGUAUUCUUGCAAAAAAGAAGACCAUAUAUGGCAAUCUUUCUGGGCUGGUGUGUUUGUUGCAAGUCUAGUUAUGAAUAGAUUGAGCAUUUAUUCCUAGAAUGCAUAUAUAUGCGAAAAAUAUGGUCGUUAUUGUUCAAAGAAUUUUGCUUGGAUUGGGUCUUACCUAGCUUGGUUUCUGCUGUCCUAAUAAGCAAACUGAUGGGAAACAAAAGGAAAGUUAAAUUGUGGAGGACUACUAUUAUGGCACUAUUAUGGGCGAUGUGGACAGAGAGAAAU